GAGACUGCUUCGACUAACUUCCGGUAUAAUUAGCAAAUCUUGCACAGAAUUAAAGUUUUCAUUUUUACUUUAAGUAACAUAUUGUAAGUAUGCAACACAUAUUAUCGUUUAAAUAAAUUUUUCAGGUAUGUAACUGUAAAUGUUAAAUUAACUGUUUCUUAAUUGUUAAUUAAUUUUUUUAAAAUGAAUUAUGGCUACUGUAGCUCAUUAACAAGCCUGUCUGUGCGAAAUUGCACUAAAAAUUGAUUAUGCUUUCCAUGCGCACUACUAGAAAAUUUUUAUGACAAUGCUAUUUUGUGAAUAUGUUGUAAAUAACUCUAAAGCAUAUUGAAUAAUAUAUGCAUGUACUGCCAUUUAAUAGCUGAUGAGCUAAGUCAGAGGAAAUAUUUAAGAAUAUCUAAGCCGAUAUGGAGAGUGAACCUUUCCUCAAGAGGGUUUGUUUAUUUUUUCCAUCAAGAUUAUUUCACUUAAAAUGAAGUUAUCUUGCUUUUAUUUAAAGUAUUUUAUAAGUAUUCGCUACCAAAGACUUAAAAGGUAUUAGAGGUCGAUAAUUGUAUUAUUUCUAUAGAGUAAUACUAGAUGGCAAACCUGAAAUACAAAGAUAUAAAACGGACUGUUUAAUUAACUUCUCAAUUUCUUUUAAGUUAAUACUAAUGUAGAACAAAAAAAACUGAAUUCUUUUAUUAAGCAUUGAUCUAGAGUGUAUACUGACUCUAAAAAUAGUUUGCAGAAUAUAGACAAUUUAUGUAACAUUUUUAAGCUCUUUUACGUUAGAUUAUGUUAUAUAAAUCACUAAGUUCAAUAACCUUUUGUUUAAUAUCUUUAUUAUCUUCAAUAUAUAACAGCAGGAACAUUAUUAUAACGCAAAGAAUGAUUUUUAGAAUUAAAAAAUAUUUUUUUCUAUUGUUAUCUUAAAUACACUCUCUAAACGUUAUUUUUACAGAGAAAUAACAUGGAAGAGGACCGCGAACAAGACCCGGACGAACCCGUUGGUCCACCAGAUGUGCAUAUGCAACUAAAUGCUAAAACAGAUGAGACUCUAGAAAGUACAAGACGUAUGGUAGCUUUAUGUGAAGAGAGCAAGGAUGCCGGAAUCCGAACUCUUGUUAUGUUGGAUGAGCAAGGAGAGCAAUUGGAACGCAUUGAAGAAGGAAUGGAUCAAAUCAACCAAGACAUGCGUGAUGCUGAAAAGAAUCUAGAAGGUAUGGAGAAGUGCUGCGGUUUGUGUGUGCUGCCAUGGAAACGAGCUAAAAAUUUUGAAAAAGAUUCCAAUUAUAAAGAUACCUGGAAAGGAAACGAGGAUGGAAAGAUUAAUACAAAUGGCCCACGCGUUAUUGUUGGGGACAAUGCAGCUGGAAUGUCAGGUAAUUUGGUAACUAGAAUAACAAAUGAUGCCCGAGAAGAUGAAAUGGAACAAAAUUUAGGCGAAGUUAGCGGAAUGAUUUCUAACUUAAGAAAUAUGGCAGUAGAUAUGGGAAAUGAGUUAGAGUCCCAAAAUAGACAGAUUGAUCGCAUUAAUCAAAAGGUUUGUGUACAAAUGUAUAUCGUUAUUAAAAUUGUUGUCCCCGUUCUUUGA